UCCCAUUUUUAUGCCAACUCCGAGUUGGCCAAUACGAUCUGCAAUUUCAGUCUGCAAGCGGUCAGCCAGGUGAACGGCAGCCAGCCCAGCUGGUCUCUAAAAACGCAAUAAAUUGAAACAAAGUCAACUAAAGACAUUUGGAAAAAUCAUCGCAGGAAGAUAAAACCAAUGCGAAAUCAUUGAACCCUUUUUUGGAUUAUACAAAACAAAAUUUAAACACCUGAAACAAGUUACCAAACCACCGGAGAACUGAAGCCCUCAAAAUGAAAAAAGCCAAAGGCUGGCUGUUAAUGACAGCAACAGUGCUGCUACUCAGCCUGUUGGCCACCACAGAAGCCGCCCUGCCCUUCAAGAAGGUGUCCAUUGCCAAGACACCCGUCUCCACGACCAGCACCACCAGCACCACGACGACGGAAUCGCCUGCCGUCGAGGAGGAGGAAGUGGAGGAGGAGCAGCCAGUGCCCAGCGGAGAUGGCGGCGACAGUAGCAAGUCGGACAACGGAACUCUGUCGAAGAACUCCAAGCUUACGGGCAUCCCGCAGAUCGAUUACAUCUGGGAUCCCAAUCUCCCCAGGGAACUGAGAGGCUAUAACCUGUCGACGUAUCCCUUCCUGUCCACCGUGCCGCCCAUGGAUGAGAUCCACUUUAAGUGCGAGGGCCUGCACGACGGCUUCUAUGCCUCCAUUGAGUACAAGUGUCAGAUCUACCACCACUGUGUCUAUGGCAUCAGACACGACUUUCUGUGCGCCAACUUCACGGCCUUCGACCAGCGCACCUUCAUCUGCCACUUUGCAUCCGAUGUGGACUGCGAGGGAUCCCAGAAGUACUGGAACAGGAACGAUGAACUCUACAUGGCCACCACAACCACAUCGACGAGCACCACCACAACGCCGGCGCCACCCACACAAGCUCCGCCACCUCGUCGUCGUCCUCAAAGACCGCAACGUCCGCUGAGGCGACCCCUUAACCGCCGACCCAUCGAUGACUAUUACUACGAGGAUCAGGACCAGUACGAGGACGAUUACUAUGAGGAGCGUCCCGUUAGGCGACCCAAGCCAAGACCUCGUCAAAGGAAACCCCAGGUGGAGCUGGACUACGACGAUGAGUAUGAUGAGAAGCGAACGGAGGUGAAGAAGCCCAUUAGGCGGAAUAGAAAUCGCUACCGCGAUGAGGAGGAAAUCCAGGAGGAGGACUACGACGAGCGGCCAAACAAGAGGGCGAGGGGCAAACCAACUGCAGGACCUGCGGGUCGGAAAGUAUCUCCCAGGAAACCAGGACGCGCAGAGGAACGUCGCAGCUUCAACGAAGAUCGUCCGCUGGGAAGAAAAAGGACAACUCCAUCAUCCGCUUUAGAUGACCUGGACGAGUAUGAAAAGCCCUACGGCGGAGUGGAUCAGGAAGAGGCGGCCGAGGAGCAAACGCCGCAGAAGGUGAAGACCACUCCGAAGCCCCUCACUGAGUUUAUCACUCCCAAGGCGGCAGCUGCAUCCGUUUACGCUCGUCCACGGGCUCCUCCAAGGAUAGCUCGUCCCGUUCCCAUCAAUGAAAAGAAAAAGUUCUCUUAUCCGGUGCAAAAGAUCACGGCCACCACUCAACCACCAUCGAACAGCGCCCAGGAGGAGGAAGACUACCCGGAAGAGCAGGCGGAGGAGGACUAUGAGCAACCUCCGGUUAGGAACACACCACGCAGGCGUACACCUGCCCCUCGAGUGGAGCAGAAACCCACGAGAAACACUUUGCGGAAACCAGUGACGGACAAGAAGCCGGCCGAUGACGAGUACUAUGAGCCGGCGGAACAGGAACCUGUGAGGAAACGCAAGCGUCCUGUGGCUCCCAGAUCGCGUGUGACCGCAGCAGAUGUGGACUUCGAGGAUGAGGAUUACGAGGAGAGCCCGGCGCCCGUUUCCACAGCGGCUCCAUUGAGAAACCAGAGACUGAGAGCGAAGACAACGACCAAGAAGCCAACAGUGCCACCGCGUCCUCGUCAGCCCAUUGUGGAGCAGGAUGAGGAGCUGGAGGAUGCGCAUCCAGCGGAGCCCGUCGAGGAGGAGGCACCGGCACCCAGAACGCGGGCCAAUUCGUUGAGCGGGCGAACUGCAGGCGCCCAGCGUCCUUCAUCGGUACGUGUGGUCAAGCGACCCUUCCUGCCCUCCAGGGGCGGCAGUCCAUAUCUGCCCCGGGGCCUUCAGCCGGUGGGCGUGGCCCUGCGACCGCUGCCCACCACUGAUAGCACACCCAUCGACAUGGGAUCGACCAUUUCGGGAGUGCGUCUGCUUGAGCAUGGGGCUCCAUUGCUGCGGGGAAGUCCCGACAGCGGGGAAGAUGACGAGGAGGUGGGUCCCCCAUCGCCCAGUCCGCCAAGGACGACUCUGCCGCCACGCAGUGCACUGCCCACCACGCCAAAGCGGGUGGAGCCACAGCGGCCCAAGCUGAAUCUCGACGAGCUAUACGAGAACGACUACGACGUGACGCUAAACGAUGCACUCGAUCCCACGCUGAAACCGCUCUCCCCGCAGCAUUCGCAUCCACAUUCGCAUCAGCUUCCAUAUCAACAGCAGCAGCAGCAGCAACAGCAGCAAUCGCAGCGCCAAUAUGCGAGUGCAUAUAAUCCAUUUGCCUAUCAGCCAGCGUAUCAAUCACCAACAUCCGCUUCAGCAUCAGCAUCCGCACCUGCAUCCGCAUCAGCAUCCGCAUCGCAGUCGCAACCAGCGAACUAUCAUAGUGAUUCCUAUUUCUCGUCGACAGAUAUACGCCGGCGGGCUGUUGUCCCGGCGCAAGCCUCGCGUCCACAUCGACUCGAAUACGCUGCUGCCGGAGGAGCAGUCGGCGGACCAUCCGGCAGAGGAGCCGUCUCCGGGUCGGGAGUGAGCCGGAGCUAUCAGCCGGUGGGCGGACGGAUUGCCCAGCAUUUCUACGAUGACUUCGCCUACUGAAAAGUUCGCUUGUAAUAAGUUUCUUCAGCUGUAAAUAAGUUUCCCCUACACAAGGAGAGUUCCAAUUUGGUGCACGGCUCCAACUUCUUAAACAAAUCUGUCUCUACCUUAGUCGUUUAGCCGCGAAAACCUACUCGUAAUUCAGCAAGGCUUGGGACAUAUACCAAGCACUAGCCGGUAAAAAACAACAUAAGCGAUAUAAACUUUUCAAAUUUUUACAAAACCCUGUAUUUGAAUUAACAAUUUAAUGAUCUUACGAAAUAAUUCCUUUUAAUUACACUUUGGUCGCUUAUGCUAUUUUCUCUGAGCUCCAUAUGUCCCGAGCCCCUACUUAUAUAUACGUUGUAUAAUACUCAAAUGUCGUGAUAGUAGCAGCUUGCGAAUUUGACUGCUAGCUCGAAUCCAGUAGAUUGUAAAACUAAUUUCCUCCCAUUCGUUUAUCUCCGACAAAUGAGAAAGAAAAACUGAAAACAUCCAGCAAAUCAGAGAAAUAUUAAACAGCAGCCUCGAUCUUUAAUGUACAUUUAGAGAGAGUGAAAACUUAAUGUGUUAAUUUAAAAUUGCAAUUCGCAUACAAGUUGUCGAUAAUAUUUAAGUUUUGUCGGAGAUCGUGUUCGUUGUGGAGAGCCCAGAUCCAAGACUUAAGUCGGAGUGCAUAACAAUCAAAACAAAAACCGAAAUAAAUUAAAAACGUACUGAAA